UGGAGAUCUCCGGUAUACAGUUCUGAUGUCCUGGCCUGGAAAAGUAAUUGUUCUUGUUCUAAACUUGAACCGGCUAGAAAUGGAUUCUUGUGAUUGCAAUCGCAGUAAAGUUUUUUUAAUUUGUAUUACGUUUGUUUCAUUAACUAUUGGAAAAGUCACGGGUCAAGAAGUUUGGAACCCUGUACGUAGCUUGAUUCGUGUAGUGUUAUUAGGGUAGAGUCUGAAUCUUCAAUGAAGGUCAAAAUCCGCCGCGUACUUUUAUUACUGGGCGGGUUCCCACGAUUUGCUAUCACGUCACAUUGGCAGAUCUGUGCCAAAUGCUGAGAUCGAUGGGAUCUAAGUGGAACAACAUCUAACAUCAGAUGCGACUUUUAUCUUACACGUGGCUGUACGCAUAAAUAUGGCGAUGUGACUCGCAAACUUUAGUCAAGCCAUCCUCCAUGUAGACAGUAUAAUGCCCUUGGAGGAGGGACCUCAAUCAUCUGCAAAAUAUGCAGAGAGGCGUCCAGCUGAUAUGGCCACCCUGACUAGUAGAGGGGAAGAGCCUGUUGCCGGUCCUUCUAUCUCCCAAAGACAAGGUUAUUGUAGCUGCUGUCAAGUUCUGUACAGCAGUGUGGAACAGCACAUCUUGAGUGCCCAACAUAGAGAAGUGGUGCGAGCUGCUCGGGCUAAUGUAUCUUCUGGAAGUUUGUUAGAAAGAUUCCUCCAGGAUGUGCUUCAACAUCAUCCCCAUCGCUACAGUGAUACACGGCAUCCCCAUGCUGACUUACCUUCUCUCGCCACCCCACCUAUUCCAAAAGAGGUGCUAUCGGAGGUGUACUGUGGAUCAGAUGAUGAUGGUGUCUCUGUUGGGACACGUGAGGAGAUGCCCACAUCUGAUGAAGAGUCCUGCCAAAUGCUGCAAAUUGCAGCCUCAACUCCAGCAGUAAAGACUGAACGUACUGCAACUACACAUGUACAAACUGCUUCCCAAAUAGGGAAAAUGGUGCCUGAACUACCUCCUCCUGAAAAGUGUUCCCACACACAAGGAUUUUUGCCCAGGACUAGCGGCUCUGCCAAUGACAAACCACAUACAUUACAAUUUAUAUUACCAAUUCAGAGAAAAAGUUCACAAACACACCCCUCUGGCGAUCCCUGUGCUUCAGGAUGUCCACCAGUCACCAAGGCUGGAGACACUGAACACGGAAAAGCACACAGGAAAACCAAUAGGGAUAAAGAGGGGAAUGACUCCAUUGCAGCUUCCCGAGCCCCACCAGCAGUGAAGUGCAUUACCUCAAAGGACCAGCCUGCAACCUUUCAAUCAGUGGCUGAGGAAUCCACAAUGUGGACUUCUGCACUGCCACCUUGGAAAGGCCCCCAUAGGGAACAAACGUUUAGUCAUCUAUCUGACCAAAUUCGAGAUGUGAUAGAGGAGGUUAUUGAAAAGCACUGUUAUGGCCACAGUCUCAAAGUUGACCACCAAGAGGACGAUGGCAGCAUUCUUCUGAGUCCUCAGUCUAGGAGUGAAUCCAAAAGCAGUGAAGAAUGGGACAAUGCGAUACAGAUGGCUUUGGGAAAAGCUAAGGGUGAGGAGAAGAAUUUAGCUGAGUUACUUGAAGUGCAUAUCAACCUUGAAAACCAAGGAUACCAGACUCAACUAGACACAGCCCUGAACACGGUUAUGAUUAUGGAAACAGAGCAUGAGGGAUCCAAGGAGAGUGUUGCUGAGGAGGUAUUUCCCAAUCUUCCCCACAUACCAGAGUCCUUUGUUGGAAAAACAUGGACACAGGUGAUGUUUGAAGAUGACAUGAAGAUAGAUUCCAUAGUGAGAGAGUUCCAACAAGGUCAGUUCCAUUGCUAUUUUGAUAGUGAAUCCUUGGCUAGGUUUGGAAAACACCAUAAAAAAAGGAGAAAGUACAGGAACCAGGGGAAAAAAGCAAAAGCAGAUUCUGCAGGAUGGGAGCCUGCAGACAUUCUUCCUCUCAUGGAGCACAAUGAGGAAGAUCCAAAACUUCCAGCUGUUUUGUUGAAGAGAACAAGACAAAAACUUUUUAGAAUAGCAUCACGUUGCCAAGUGGUAAAAGUAAGCCACGGCACACAAACCGUCCCCCUAAGUUGUCCUAUGGUGCGCCUGAAAUCAACACAAGAAACAUGUACCUCACCUCACAGCCACAAGCCCCAGCAAUGUCCUAUCCCUGAAAGGACCCCUGACAUGAAGACCAGACAUUGUGCUUUGAAGCUUCCUGCUUCUUACUGCAAGAUCAUGAGUCCUAUACAGCCCAAAACUAUGGUAUAUGUGCUUUCUUCCCCAGAUGGAGGUCAAGGAAUUUCCAAGCCGACCCCUGCUAAGAAAGCAGGAAGGAAGCGAAAGUCAUGUGACAGCAAUGUCUCCCUAAAGUACAAGUACAAAAAGACACCUCUUAAAUACUAUGACCCUUUGACCAACAGGAUCUUGAAGAGCCCACCAAAAGGGAUGCCUUCACUCACCAAUUCCAAAUCUCUUUCACACGUCCGACAGUUAUUCCGUAGCCUUAGCACAGAUAUUAACAAUGAAAGGCAGAGCUUGGGGCAAGGGCAGUCAUCAAGCGGCUCUCGGAAGGGUCAUGGCAGGAGCUGCAUGGUUGAUCUAUGUACCUCCACCUCAGGCUCUUGUCUGGAGAGCGGUGGCCCCUCUGAGCCUGGUUCUUCUUUGUCUAGCAGCCGUAAAGCCUUGAUCAACCGCUCCUCUAUCUCAACUACAAGUUGUUUCCUUAUGGGACACCUCGCACCAUCUGCUUCCCACAUGGAUGACUCUUCUAAAGGACUUCCUCGCUCUUGCGCAGGGAGUUCAUAUAUGGUUGGAGGAUCGGAACAAGAGAAACACCACAAACAAACACAAGAUGACCAAACACCAAUCAGACGUAGCUCACGGAAGGCUGGAACUUUGACUCCAGCCAAGAGACCACCAGUACCCCCUUACAGGACCAAGAGAAAGUCCACCAAACCACAGCCCAAAGCAAAAUCACAGGGCACUCUCCAGCGAACAGUUACUCCCUGCAUAUCUGUAGAAUGUAGAACAUCUCCCAGAAACAAGAGCCCUGCUAUGGCCUCACUUAGAUCAUCAUCUUCCUCUAAACUGGCGAUUCAGCCUGUCAUUACACCCUCUUCGAAACAAAUACAUACAAUACUCAGUGCCAGUCAGCAGAAGAGGGUGAGGGGGAGGAACACAACUGUACAUAUAGCAGACUGAACGUUAUCAGACACCAGCCAUGAGCAUAAGCUGUCUGUUCUUCAAAUGCUGUAUUGGUUUGCACAGUUGAAUUUCAGCUGACUGUUUCUAGUUGAAGUUCAUUUUUGUCAGUAUAUGUUAGUUUGUUUGUCAUAUCAUGUGUUUUCUAACUUUUAAUGAUUAUAUUUUUAUGUUUAUAAUGGAUAUUUUUCUCUAAGAUUGAUAUUGCUAGUUGUAAAAUAUUUUUAUGAAUAUUUAUAAGUUGUUUAUUAUG